GGCUGCUGCCAGGGUUGGGUGCGCCGCUGAACGGAUGGCAGAGACAGCGGAGCGGAUUCCUGAGGAACGCUGGCCAGCCAUUUGAGUGUCAUCUGCUGCUACCCAUUGAUGUCAAGAUGACUAAGCUGGGAUUUUUGCGGUUGUCCUAUGAGAAGCAGGACACACUUCUGAAGCUUCUCAUUCUGUCGAUGGCUGCUGUGUUAUCGUUCUCCACUCGUCUCUUUGCUGUCCUGAGAUUUGAAAGUGUCAUCCAUGAGUUCGAUCCGUACUUUAAUUAUCGGACUACCCGGUUCCUGGCUGAAGAGGGAUUUUAUAAAUUCCAUAACUGGUUUGAUGACCGGGCCUGGUACCCUUUGGGACGAAUCAUUGGAGGAACAAUUUAUCCAGGCUUAAUGAUCACGUCUGCUGCAAUCUACCAUGUACUCCAUUUUUUCCACAUCACCAUCGACAUUCGGAAUGUCUGUGUGUUCCUGGCCCCUCUCUUCUCUUCCUUCACCACCAUCGUCACAUACCACCUUACCAAAGAGCUCAAGGACGCAGGGGCUGGGCUUCUUGCUGCUGCCAUGAUUGCUGUAGUUCCUGGGUAUAUCUCCCGAUCUGUGGCUGGCUCCUACGAUAAUGAAGGGAUUGCCAUCUUUUGCAUGCUACUCACCUACUACAUGUGGAUCAAAGCCGUAAAGACUGGUUCCAUCUAUUGGGCAGCCAAGUGUGCCCUUGCUUAUUUCUACAUGGUUUCUUCAUGGGGAGGUUAUGUGUUCUUGAUCAACUUGAUCCCUCUCCAUGUACUGGUGCUGAUGCUUACAGGACGUUUCUCCCACCGGAUCUACGUGGCCUACUGUACUGUUUACUGCCUGGGCACCAUUCUUUCCAUGCAGAUCUCCUUUGUGGGUUUUCAGCCUGUCCUUUCAUCAGAGCACAUGGCGGCCUUUGGGGUCUUUGGGCUCUGCCAGAUCCAUGCCUUUGUGGAUUAUCUGCGCAGCAAGUUGAAUCCACAGCAGUUUGAAGUUCUUUUCCGAAGUGUCAUCUCCCUGGUCGGCUUUGUUCUUCUCACCGUGGGAGCUCUCCUCAUGCUGACAGGAAAAAUAUCUCCCUGGACGGGGCGUUUCUACUCACUGCUGGAUCCUUCUUAUGCUAAGAACAACAUCCCCAUCAUCGCUUCUGUGUCUGAGCACCAGCCCACGACCUGGUCCUCAUACUAUUUUGAUCUACAGCUUCUGGUCUUCAUGUUUCCAGUUGGUCUCUAUUACUGCUUUAGCAACCUGUCUGAUGCCCGGAUUUUCAUCAUCAUGUAUGGUGUGACCAGCAUGUACUUUUCGGCUGUCAUGGUCCGUUUAAUGCUAGUGUUGGCACCUGUUAUGUGCAUUCUUUCUGGCAUUGGAGUCUCCCAGGUGCUGUCCACUUACAUGAAGAAUUUGGACAUAAGUCGUCCAGACAAAAAGAGCAAGAAGCAACAGGAUUCCACUUACCCUAUUAAGAAUGAAGUGGCAAGUGGGAUGAUACUGGUCAUGGCUUUCUUUCUCAUCACCUAUACCUUUCAUUCAACCUGGGUGACCAGCGAGGCCUACUCUUCUCCCUCCAUUGUGCUGUCUGCCCGUGGUGGGGAUGGCAGUAGGAUCAUUUUUGAUGACUUUCGAGAAGCAUACUAUUGGCUUCGUCACAAUACUCCAGAGGAUGCGAAGGUCAUGUCAUGGUGGGAUUAUGGCUACCAGAUUACGGCUAUGGCGAAUCGGACAAUUUUAGUGGACAAUAACACAUGGAAUAAUACCCAUAUUUCUCGAGUAGGGCAGGCAAUGGCGUCCACAGAAGAAAAAGCCUAUGAGAUCAUGAGGGAGCUUGAUGUUAGCUAUGUGCUGGUCAUUUUUGGAGGCCUUACUGGGUAUUCCUCUGAUGACAUCAACAAGUUUCUGUGGAUGGUCCGGAUUGGAGGGAGCACGGACACAGGCAGACAUAUUAAGGAACACGAUUAUUAUACUCCAACCGGGGAGUUCCGUGUGGACCGGGAGGGUUCUCCGGUGCUGCUCAACUGCCUUAUGUACAAGAUGUGUUACUACCGCUUUGGACAGGUCUACACAGAAGCCAAGCGUCCACCAGGCUUUGACCGUGUCCGGAAUGCUGAGAUUGGGAAUAAAGACUUUGAACUUGAUGUCCUGGAGGAAGCAUAUACCACAGAACAUUGGCUAGUCAGAAUAUAUAAGGUAAAGGACCUGGAUAAUCGAGGCUUGUCACGGACAUAAAUGUUAUGUCCACCUCCAAUAUGCUUCGCACUGAGCGUCACAUUUAGGACACUGAAGACGUUUUUUAAAUAUGCAGUUUAUAAGAACAGAGCACGAUGGGAUUAGUAUUGUCUGGAAGUUUUGCCCUGGGCAGUAUGGGCUGGGCCAAAUGGAAUGAUUUUUUAUAAUUCUGAGCAGGUUACCAAAUGAAAUGUCAUGGCUUUACUUUGGUCAAUUAAAGGGGGGACCUUUUUUUUUAAAUGUGCCUUAUUUGUUUUGACUUAUGACUGAUUUGAGAAAGGCAAAAAUUUGUGCUGGGCUGAUAGAAGGACGAAAAGUAAACCUCAUCCAUGCUUUUAGCUCCCUAAAUGAGCCAUGUGGGGGCAUUCUGUCUUUCUCAAAUCAGGAACACUGUCAAGGACUAGCUCACAUCCCACUUGUACAAACAGUUUUGUCAUUUCAAAAAUUGCAGCACCUAACACAAUGCUUUGCAUAUAGUGGGUGCUCAGUAAACUUUUAUUAAAUGAAUAAAUGUUUGUGGAACUAGGAGUGCUGUUUCUGGGCAGGAAAGUCAGCUGUAUUGCCAUCAUGUCUCGGUUUCAGUAUCUCUUGUCAUUAGAGGCUCUUUGCUUUUAUGAGGGACAGAAGGUGGCUAACCACACCUGAUCUCACCAGUAUUCUUUGGGACUAGCUAGGUUUUUUGUUUUUGUUUUGUUUUGUUUUGUUUUUGAGCAAGAAUAAACCAAGUGAGACUCAGUCACUUGAAGUUUUGAAGACUCAAGGCAGACAGUGAAAUUGUUCUCAAUGGAGAAGAUGAAACUCCUCCAAUAUUAUUUAUAGAAUUUGAUGGUCAGGUGUUUUCGAAUCAGCUGAAAUAUAAUCAUACAUUUCUAUUUGAAAUCCAGCUUUUCAGUCAGUACUCAUUUAUUCAUGAUACAGUAAACAUUCUUUGCUCUUUUCCUUUACCUUAUAUGCUAAAACUCUUGUGAUUAUUUAAGGGUGAGCUUCUUUCUCAGUCUCAGCUAAUAAAUAUGUGGCCCAUGUUGUUAUUAUAUACCACUAAUAAACUCAGUGAUCUGGUUUUGAAGCCCUUGCCAAAUAAGCUACAAAUUAGAAGCGGGGGGAAUUGCUAUUAGCAAGUACCUGGAGACAGUGCUAGCCUGACUGCAGUAAGGGGGAAGAGAAACUUAAAAAAAUUUUAACUCAAAGUACAGUAGUUCCAUCAAUAUUCAAUGUCAGGACAAAUAGCCUUAUAUUCAGUACAGCAGGACACUGUAUGUAUUUUACAACAUAAGACAUAUAUCAGUGAUGUAUCCCUAAGUCAUUAAACAUACAAGAUAACUGUUUAGUGUCACCUGUUUAAGAAACAGGAGCAAUUACAUGACUUUUAGGUAAGUCAUAAUGGUGCCCCUAAAGGGUAUGCUCAGGUAUUCUUGUAUACCCAGGAAACUUAACCUUCCAAACCAAUUUAUAUACUAAGUGCUUGACCUGUGGGUGAGAUUCAGAUUGGUGUAAGAUUUAAUUUGCUAUAUGUAAAUAUAUUACUUGAUUUUUAUACAGAAUUUCUCCCUAGUGGAAGAGGUUAUUCCGAGCUUGUUUUUUUUAACCAAUAUGAGCAGUACCAGGUUAAGAUUGUUAGUGAUCUUCCUCAGAAGCAUAUAUGGAAUAAUCACUAUAGUUGUUAGUCUUAAUGAUUUUAAUUUUGUUACCUUCUAGGCUACAUGAAGGUAUUUUUUUUUUAAAUUUACUUUUCACUUUCAUUGUCCUAGUGCAUUUAGUGUAAGAAAAAUCACAUAGCUCUAAAAAAGCAACAACACUUUUUCACCCCCCAGAGACAACCACUUUCAACUCUGCUGAUUCUCAUAUUACUUACCUCCUUAUCAUUAAAUAAUUUGCUUUA